GCGGCCACUCCGCACGGACCCGCUCCGGGACCGCCAGGAACCGGCACCGGGCAUGGCCCGGCCCGGCAGCUGAGCCCGCAGGCUGGGAGGUGACACCGGAGCCGCCGCGAGGUUCCCGAGCGAGGGCCGAGGAUUCCUGGGGCGGAUCCGGCCGGGACCGGGACCGGGACCGGGACCCCACCAAGAUGGAGCGCGAGGAGGAGACGCGGGAGAUCCUCCUGCCCAACUGGCAGGGCAGCGGCUCCCACGGCAUCACCAUCGACCAGACCGAGCGCGGCGUCUUCGUGCGCCGCGUCCAGCAGAACUCGCCGGCCGCCCGCAUGGGCGUCGUCAAGGAAGGGGAUCAGAUCGUCAGUGCCACCGUCUACUUUGACAACCUGCAGUCGGGGGAGGUGGCGCAGCUGCUGCAGAGCGUGGGCCACCACACGCUGGGGCUGCGGCUGCAGCGCCGCGCUGACCGCUCGCCCCCGGCCGGACACGGCUGCGGCCAGCGCGACCCCGCGCCCGGCAGCCCCGAGGUCGUGCUGAGCGGCGAUGACGAGGAGUACCGGCGCAUCUACACCACCAAAAUCAAACCGCGGCUCCGGUCCGAGGAGGGGCCGGACGCCGAGGCCGGGGGGACGCAGAGCAGAACCAUCACCGUCACCCGCAAGGUCACCGCCUACACCGUGGACGUCACCAGCCACGACGGCGACCUCGGCGUCAUCGGGGGCCCCGAAUUCAACGUCCGCGUCCCCAUGCCGGAGCUCGGGGUGACGUCCGGGACACCCGAGGGGCUUCACCUGCGGACGGAGCCCCAGAGCCAAAUUCCUGCUGGAGAAACUGGAAAAUCCCUCCCGGGCUGGAAGGGCUCCGGUGCCUUCGCGGGGUCUCCCCGGAUCGAGGCCAACGGACAGUUCGGAGAGCCGGACGGGCGAUUCCACGCUCCGUGUGCGCAGGGAGAGCUCGCGGGCUCCUCGCCACCGCUGGACGUGGGGAAAAUCAAAAUCCCGGCGUUAAAAAUCCCCAAAUUCGGGUUCCAGGCUGGCGGAGAAGCUCCGGCCCCGCAGGCGGGCGGCGGGACGGACGUCACCCGCUCGUCCCCACCGGACGUUCCGUCCCCGGUGCCGCGGGUGGACGUGGCGGUCAAAGGCGCCACCGAGGCUCCGCCGGACGUCGCCGGCGUGGAGCUCCCGGCCCUGGACGGCGCCAAGGGGAAAAUCCAAAUCCCGCACGUGACCUUCCCCAAAUUCACCGCCCAGGGGGACGGCGCCGCCGCGGAGGUCCCCAAGGGGGUGGCCGUCCCCGAGGUGGCCCUGGAAGGAGAAUGGAAAGGCCCCACCUUCAAGAAGGUGGAAACGCCCCAAAUUUCGCUGUCGGACGUGAACCUGAACCUGAGGGGCCCCAGGGUGGAAGGGGACCUGAAAGGACUCGGCCCCAAGGGGCUCCAGGUGGACGUGAAGGGUCCGGAGGUGGCAGUGGCCGGUCCAGGGAGUGGCCUGAAGGGCGUGGAGAUGGACGUUGGCGUGAAGGGGUUGAAGGGAGGAGUGGACGUGUCCCUGCCGACCGUGGGCGGUGAAUUGAGGGGGCCCCAACUGGACCUUAAAGGGCCCCAAAUUGGGGUGGAGGGGCCUGGAGUGGACAUCAGGGGCCCCACGGUGAAGAUGCCCGAGAUGAGCAUCAAGACCCCUCAGAUCUCCGUGCCCGAUGUCGACCUCAAAGGGCCGGGAGUGAAGGGAAAUCUGGAUGUUUCUGCCCCAAAACUGGAAGGGGAGCUGAAGACCCCAGGACUGGACAUCAAAGGCCCCAAAGUCGAGGUUGGGAGCCCAGAAAUGGAGAUCCAAGGACCCGAGGGGAAACUGAAGUUCCCCAAGCUGAAAAUGCCCAAAUUUGGGGUGAAAGGAGAGACCCCCAGCGUCGACGUGACCCUUCCCAAAGCGGGGGUGGACAUCUCCGGCCCCAAGGUGGACGUCAGCGUCCCGAACGUGGACAUCAAAGGCCCCAGAGUGGACAUUGAAGCACCUGAAAUGGACAUUCAGGGCCCCGAGGGAAAAUUCAAGAUGCCCAAGUUCAAGAUGCCCAAAUUCGGGAUGCCCGGGGUCAAGGCGGAAGGUCCCGAGGUGGACGUGAACCUCCCGAAAGGCGGCGUGGAGGUGUCCGGCCCCAAGGUGGACAUUGAGGCACCGAAUUUGGACAUCCAGGGGCCCGAAAUGCACCUCAAGGCCCCCAAAAUCUCUGUGCCGGACGCUGACCUGACCCUGAACGGCGCCAAGGCCAGCGGCGACCUGGACGUGUCCGUGCCGGGUUUGAAGGGCCCAGGGCUGGACAUCAAAGGCCCCAAAGUCGAGGUGGAAGCGCCGGAUUUGGACCUCCAAGGACCCGAGGGGAAACUGAAGUUCCCCAAGCUGAAAAUGCCCAAAUUUGGGGUGAAAGGAGAAAGCCCCGACCUCGAGGUGGCCCUUCCCAAGGGCAGAGUGGACGUUUCGGGUCCCGGCGUCGCCGUCGAGGUCCCUGGUGUGGACCUGAAGGGCCCCAAGGUGAAGGUGCCCGAGGUGGGCAUCAAAACCCCCCAGAUCUCCAUGCCUGACAUCGACCUGAACCUCAAAGGACCCAAAGUCAAGGCAGAUUUGGAUGUUUCCACCCCAAAACUGGAAGGGGAGCUGAAAACCCCCGGGCUGGACAUCAAAGGCCCCAAAGUCGAGGUGGAAGCGCCGGAUUUGGACCUCCAAGGACCCGAGGGGAAACUGAAGUUCCCCAAGCUGAAAAUGCCCAAAUUUGGGGUGAAAGGAGAGACCCCCGACCUGGAGGUGACGCUCCCGAAGGGGGAGAUGGACAUUUCCGCCCCCAGGGUGGACGUGGAUGUCCCGAGCGUGGACGUGGAGGGGCCGGAGGUGAAAGGGAAAGGCCUCAAGUUCAAAAUGCCCGAACUCAACGUUCAGACCCCAAAACUCUCCAUGCCAGACGUGGAUCUGGGCUUGAAGGGCCCAAAACUGAAAGGAGAUGCUGGAAUUUCUGGGCUGAAGGGCCCCAAAAUUGACGUGAAAGGCCCCAAAAUGGACGUGGAAGGUGCCAAAAUCGAUGUGGAAGGUCCCAAAAUUGACGUGAAAGGUCCCAAGUUGGACGUGGAAGGUCCCAAGUUGGACGUGGAAGGUCCCAAGUUGGACGUGGACGUGCCAGAGGUGGACUUGGAAUGCCCCGAAGGGAAGGUGAAAGGCCCCAAAUUCAAGAUGCCGAAACUCAACAUCAAAUCCCCCAAAAUCUCGAUGCCGGACGUGGAUUUGAACCUGAAGGGACACAAAGUGAAGGGAGAGGUGGACGUGUCCCUCCCCAAGGUGGAAGGGGACAUCAAGGGGCCGAAGGUGGACGUGGAGGUCCCGGAUGUCCACCUGGAGGGUCCAGAGGCCAAACUGAAAAUGCCCAAAAUGAAAUUACCUCAUUUCAACGUGUCCGGCCCCAAACUGGAGGGGCCUGAGGUGGAGGUGACCCUGCCCAAAGGAGAGGUGGACAUCUCUGGGCCGGAGGUGGACAUUGAGGGACCGGAAGUGGACGUUGGAGGAGCGGAAGGGAAAUGGAAAGGUCCCAAAUUCCGGAUGCCAAAACUCAACAUCAAAUCCCCCAAAAUCUCCAUGCCGGACGUGGACCUGAACCUGAAGGGCCCCAAGGUCAAGGGGGACAUCGAUGUUUCUGCUCCAAAGCUGGAAGGUGACCUGAAGGGUCCUGAACUGGAUAUCAAAGGGCCAAAAGUGGACAUUGAGGUGCCCGACGUGGAUUUGGAGUGUCCCGAGGGGAAGAUCAAAGGCCCCAAGUUCAAGAUGCCCGAGAUGCACAUCAAGACCCAGAAGAUCUCCAUGCCUGAUGUGGACAUCAACCUGAAGGGCCCCAAGGUCAAGGGUGACGUGGACGUGUCCCUCCCAAAGCUGGAGGGUGACCUGAAGGGUCCUGAACUGGACAUCAAAGGCCCCAAAGUGGACAUUGAGGCACCCGACGUCGACAUCCACGGCCCUGAGGGAAAAUUCAAGAUGCCCAAGUUCAAGAUGCCCAAAUUUGGGUUGAAGGGAGAAGGUCCCGAGGUGGACGUGAACCUCCCAAAAGGAGACCUGGAUGUGUCCGGCCCCAAGGUGGACGUUGAGAUGCCGAGUGUGGACAUUGAGGGUCCAGAGGGGAAGAUCAAAGGCCCCAAGUUCAAGAUGCCCGAGAUGAACAUCAAAGCCCCCAAGAUCUCCAUGCCCGACAUUGAUUUGAAUCUAAAGGGCCCCAAGGUGAAAGGAGAAGUUGAUGUCUCUGUCCCAAAGCUGGAGGGUGACCUGAAGGGUCCCAAAAUUGACCUCAAGGGCCCCAAACUGGACAUUGAGGCACCCGAUGUCGACAUCCACGGCCCUGAGGGAAAAUUCAAGAUGCCCAAGUUCAAGAUGCCCAAAUUUGGGUUGAAGGGAGAAGGUCCUGAGGUGGAUGUGAACCUCCCGACAGGAAACCUGGAUGUGUCCGGCCCCAAGGUGGACGUUGAAGGUCCAGAGGUGGACGUGGAGCUGCCAGAGGGGAAGAUCAAAGGCCCCAAGUUCAAGAUGCCCGAGAUGAACAUCAAAGCCCCCAAGAUCUCCAUGCCCGACGUCGACUUCAACCUGAAGGGCCCCAAGGUGAAGGGGGACAUCGAUGUCUCUGUCCCCAAGCUGGAGGGUGACCUGAAGGGUCCUGAACUGGACAUCAAAGGCCCCAAAGUGGACAUUGAGGCACCCGAUGUUGACAUCCACGGCCCUGAGGGAAAAUUCAAGAUGCCCAAGUUCAAGAUGCCCAAAUUUGGGAUGCCCGGGGUCAAGGCAGAAGGUCCCGAGGUGGACGUGAACCUCCCAACGGGAAACCUGGAUGUGUCCGGCCCCAAGGUGGACAUUGAAGGUCCAGAGGUGGACGUGGAGCUGCCAGAGGGGAAAGUGAAAGGCCCCAAGUUCAAGAUGCCCGAGAUGCAUUUUAAGACCCCCAAGAUCUCCAUGCCUGACAUCGACCUGAACCUGAAGGGCCCCAAAGUGAAGGGAGACAUCGAUGUCUCUGUCCCCAAGCUGGAGGGUGACCUGAAGGGUCCUGAACUGGACAUCAAAGGCCCCAAAGUGGACAUUGAGGCACCCGACGUCGACAUCCACGGCCCUGAGGGAAAAUUCAAGAUGCCCAAGUUCAAGAUGCCCAAAUUUGGGUUGAAGGGAGAAGGUCCUGAGGUGGACGUGAACCUCCCAAAAGGAGACCUGGAUGUGUCCGCCCCCAAGGUGGACGUUGAGAUGCCGAGUGUGGACAUUGAGGGUCCCGAGGGGAAGAUCAAAGGCCCCAAGUUCAAGAUGCCCGAGAUGAACAUCAAGGCCCCCAAGAUCUCCAUGCCCGACAUCGACCUGAACCUCAAAGGUCCCAAGGUCAAGGGGGGUGUGGACGUCUCCGUCCCCAAAUUGGAGGGCGACCUGAAAUGUCCGGAUGUGAAAAUUAAAGGUCCGAAGGUGGAUGUGGACGUUCCUGACGUGGACGUUGAAGGUCCUGAGGGAAAGUGGAAGGGACCCAAGAUCAAGAUGCCAGAGAUGAACAUCAAGGCGCCGAAAUUUUCUCUGCCUGAUGUCGACCUGAACCUGAAAGGUCCCAAACUGAAGGGAGAUGUGGCUGUGUCUGCCCCAAAAGUAGAAGGUGACGUGAAAGUGCCGGAUCUGGAGUUGAAAGGACCCAAAGUGGACGUGGACGUCCCCAACAUCGAACUGGAGGGCCCCGAGGGGAAGAUCAAAGGCCCCAAGUUCAAGAUGCCCGAGAUGAACAUCAAGGCCCCCAAGAUCUCCAUGCCCGACUUUGAUCUGAACCUGAAAGGCCCCAAAGUGAAAGGAGACGUGGACGUGGCCGUCCCGAAAAUCGAGGGAGAUUUUAAGGCCCCAGACGUCGAUAUCAAAGGCCCCAAAGUCAACGUGGACCUCCCCGAUGUAGACCUGGAGUGCCCCGAAGCGAAGCUGAAGGGCCCCAAGUUCAAGAUGCCCGAGAUGCACUUCAAAACCCCCAAGAUCUCCAUGCCCGACAUUGACCUGAACCUCAGAGGCCCAAAACUGAAGGGGGAUGUGGACAUUUCCACCCCCAAGCUGGAAGGUGACCUGACGGGCCCAGACGUGGACAUCAAAGGUCCCAAACUGGACAUCAAAGCACCUGACGUGGACAUUGACCUCCCAGAGGGGAAGAUCAAGGGUCCCAAGUUCAAGAUGCCUGAGAUGAACAUCAAGGCCCCCAAGAUCUCCAUGCCCGAUUUCGAUCUCAACCUGAAAGGCCCCAAAGUGAAGGGCGACGUCGAUGUGUCCCUGCCCAAGCUCGAAGGGGACCUGAAAGGGCCAGAGGUGUCACUGAAAGGACCAAAAGUGGACGUAGAAGUUCCUGACGUGGAGCUGGAGUGUCCCGAGGGGAAGAUCAAAGGCCCCAAGUUCAAGAUGCCCGAGAUGAACAUCAAAGCCCCCAAGAUCUCCAUGCCUGAUUUCGAUCUCAACCUAAAAGGCCCCAAAUUGAAGGGGGACAUCGAUGUCUCUGUCCCCAAGCUGGAAGGUGACCUGAAGGGACCUGAACUGGACAUCAAAGGCCCCAAAGUCGAUGUCGACCUUCCUGACGUUGAGCUGGAGUGUCCUGAGGCGAAACUGAAGGGCCCCAAGUUCAAGAUGCCCGAGAUGCACAUCAAAGCCCCCAAGAUCUCCAUGCCCGACUUUGAUCUGAACCUCAAAGGCCCCAAAUUGAAGGGGGACAUCGAUGUCUCUGCUCCAAAGCUCGAGGGUGACCUCAAAGCCCCAGACAUCGACAUCAAAGGCCCCAAAGUCAAUGUUGAUCUCCCCGACGUUGAGUUGGAGUGUCCAGAGGGGAAGAUCAAAGGUCCCAAGUUCAAGAUGCCCGAGAUGCACAUCAAGGCCCCCAAGAUCUCCAUGCCUGAUUUCGAUCUCAACCUGAAGGGCCCCAAGGUGAAGGGGGACAUCGAUGUCUCUGUCCCCAAGCUGGAGGGUGACCUGAAGGGUCCAGAACUGGACAUCAAAGGCCCCAAAGUCAAUGUGGACCUCCCUGAUGUGGAGCUGGAGUGUCCCGAGGGGAAGAUCAAAGGCCCCAAGUUCAAGAUGCCCGAGAUGCACAUCAAGGCCCCCAAGAUCUCCAUGCCCGACGUUGACUUCAACCUCAAAGGCCCCAAAUUGAAGGGGGACAUCGAUGUCUCUGCUCCAAAGCUUGAGGGUGACCUCAAAGCCCCAGACAUUGACAUCAAAGUUCCCAAAGUCAAUGUGGACCUCCCUGACGUUGAGUUGGAAGGUCCCGAGGGGAAGAUCAAAGGUCCCAAGUUCAAGAUGCCCGAGAUGAACAUCAAGGCUCCCAAGAUCUCCAUGCCCGACGUCGACUUCAACCUGAAGGGCCCCAAGGUGAAGGGGGACAUCGAUGUCUCUGUCCCCAAGCUGGAGGGUGACCUGAAGGGUCCUGAACUGGACAUCAAAGGCCCCAAAGUGGACAUUGAGGCACCCGAUGUUGACAUCCACGGCCCGGAAGGGAAAAUUAAAAUGCCCAAAUUCAAGAUGCCCAAAUUUGGAUUUUCUGGGCCCAAAGUUGAAGGCCCCGAGGUGGACCUGAACCUUCCAGAGGCUGAGGUCAACAUUUCAGGUCCCAAGGUCGACGUUUCCAUCCCCGACCUGGACAUCGAAGGCCCCGAUGGGAAACUGAAGGGUCCCAAGUUCAAGAAGCCGGAGCUGCAGUUCAAUGUCCCCAAGAUCUCCAUGCCCGACAUUGACCUCAACCUGAAAGGCCCCAAACUGAAAGGUGACCUCGAUGCUUCUCUUCCCAAGGUCGAGGGCGAGCUGAAAGGCCCCAAACUGGACAUCAAGGGGCCGGAGAUUGAGCUGGAGGGGCCAAAAGUUGACCUUGAAGGAAAAGCUAAAAAAUCCAGGUUCAAACUUCCCAAGUUUGGCUUUUCUGGCCCAAAAGUUCAAAGCCCUGAGGUGGAUGUGAAGCUUAAAAAACCUGAGGUUGAAGUGUCCGGCCCCAAAGUUGAGGUCCAGGCUCCGGAUUUGGACAUCCAGGGAAAAUCCAAGGGCUCCAAAUUCAAAAUGCCUUUUCUGAACAUUUCUUCACCCAAAGUCUCGAUGCCGGACGUGGAGCUGAACCUGAAGGGACACAAAAUGAAAGGGGAGUUUGACCUGUCCACCCCCAAGCUGGAAGGGGAACUGAAAGGUCCUGAGGUGGACAUCAAGGGCCCCAAGGUCAACAUCGAGGCCCCCGACGUGGACAUUCAUGGCCCAGAGGGGAAAAUCAAAAUGCCCAAGUUCAAAAUGCCCAAAUUUGGUGUUUCUGGGUUUAAAGGGGAGGGGCCAGAGGUGGACGUGAACCUGCCGACAGCAGAACUGGACGUGUCAGGUCCGAAGGUGGACAUUGAAGAUCCAGAGGUGGACAUUGAGGGUCCGGAGGGGAAGAUCAAAGGCCCCAAGUUCAAGAUGCCCGAGAUGCACAUCAAGGCCCCCAAGAUCUCCAUGCCGGACAUCGACCUGAACCUCAAAGGUCCCAAAGUGAAGGGAGACGUGGACGUGUCCUUGCCCCAGGUGGACCUGAAAGGACCCCAGGUGGAUGUGGAAGCUCCCGAACUCAACGUCGAAGGUCCGAAAGGGAAAAUCAAGGGCCCCAAAUUUAAAAUGCCCGAAAUGAACAUCAAAGCUCCCAACAUCUCCAUGCCGGACCUGGACCUCAACCUGAAAGGUCCCAAGGUCAAAGGGGGCGUGGACGUCGAUAUGUCUGCACCAAAAAUUGAAGGGGACGUGAGCUUGCCGGACAUCGACAUCAAAGGCCCCAAGGUGGACAUUGAAGGUCCAGAGCUGGACAUUGAAGGUCCAGAAGGGAAGAUCAAAGGCCCCAAGUUCAAGAUGCCCGAGAUGAACAUCAAGGCCCCCAAGAUCUCCAUGCCUGACGUCGACUUCAACCUGAAGGGCCCCAAGGUGAAGGGGGACAUCGAUGUCUCUGUCCCCAAGCUGGAGGGUGACCUGAAGGGUCCUGAACUGGACAUCAAAGGCCCCAGAGUGGACAUUGAGGCACCCGAUGUCGACAUCCACGGCCCUGAGGGAAAAUUCAAGAUGCCCAAGUUCAAGAUGCCCAAAUUUGGGUUGAAGGGAGAAGGUCCCGAGGUGGACGUGAACCUCCCAAAAGGAGACCUGGAUGUGUCCGGCCCCAAGGUGGACGUUGAGAUGCCGAGUGUGGACAUUGAGGGUCCAGAAGGGAAGAUCAAAGGCCCCAAGUUCAAGAUGCCCGAGAUGAACAUCAAAGCCCCCAAGAUCUCCAUGCCCGACAUUGACCUGAACCUCAAAGGCCCCAAAUUGAAGGGAGAUGUUGAUGUUUCCCUUCCCAAAGUGGAAGGUGACCUGAAGGGUCCUGAACUGGACAUCAAAGGCCCCAAAGUCAAUGUGGACCUCCCUGAUGUGGAGCUGGAGUGUCCCGAGGGGAAGAUCAAAGGCCCCAAGUUUAAGAUGCCCGAGAUGAACAUCAAGGCCCCCAAGAUCUCCAUGCCCGACUUUGAUCUGAACCUGAAAGGUCCCAAGGUGAAGGGCGACGUCGAUGUGUCCCUGCCGAGUGUGGAAGGUGACCUGAAAGGGCCAAAGGUGGAUGGGAAAGGCCCCGAGUUUGAUGUUUCUGCCCCAGAUGUUCAAAUUGAGGGCCCUGAAGGGAAGAUCAAAGGCCCCAAGUUCAAGAUGCCCGAGAUGAACAUCAAAGCCCCCAAGAUCUCCAUGCCUGAUUUCGAUCUCAACCUAAAAGGCCCCAAAUUGAAGGGGGACAUCAAUGUCUCUGUCCCCAAGCUGGAAGGUGACCUGAAGGGACCUGAACUGGACAUCAAAGGCCCCAAAGUCGAUGUCGACCUUCCUGACGUUGAGCUGGAGUGUCCUGAGGCGAAACUGAAGGGCCCCAAGUUCAAGAUGCCCGAGAUGCACAUCAAGGCCCCCAAGAUCUCCAUGCCCGACUUUGAUCUGAACCUGAAGGGCCCCAAGGUGAAGGGGGACAUCGAUGUCUCUGUCCCCAAGCUGGAGGGUGACCUGAAGGGUCCUGAACUGGACAUCAAAGGCCCCAAAGUGGACAUUGAGGCACCCGAUGUUGACAUCCACGGCCCUGAGGGAAAAUUCAAGAUGCCCAAGUUCAAGAUGCCCAAAUUUGGGUUGAAGGGAGAAGGUCCCGAGGUGGAUGUGAACCUCCCAACAGGAAACUUGGAUGUGUCCGGCCCCAAGGUGGACGUUGAAGGUCCAGAGCUGGACAUUGAGGGUCCUGAAGGAAAACUGAAAGGCCCCAAGUUCAAGAUGCCCGAGAUGCACAUCAAGGCCCCCAAGAUCUCCAUGCCCGACCUCGACCUGAACCUGAAGGGCCCCAAAGUCAAAGGUGACGUGGACGUGUCCCUGCCCAGCGUGGAAGGAGAGCUGAAAGGUCCCGAGGUCAACGUCACCGUCCCCGACGUCACCAUCGACAGCCCUGAGGGCAAAUUCAAACUGCCCAAGUUCAAGAUGCCCAAAUUCUCCAUGCCUGGCUUCAAAGGGGAUGGGGUGGACGUGGACCUGACCCUCCCCAAGGGUGACGUGGCCGUUUCGGGCCCCAGCGUGGACGUGGAAGCUCCUGAGCUGAGCGUGGACGGGAAAGUCAAAGGUCCCAAAUUCUCCAUGCCCGAGAUGAACAUCAAAGCCCCCAAGAUCUCCAUGCCCGACGUUGACUUCAACCUCAAAGGCCCCAAAUUGAAGGGGGACAUCGAUGUCUCUGCUCCAAAGCUCGAGGGUGACCUCAAAGCCCCAGACAUCGACAUCAAAGGCCCCAAAGUCAAUGUUGAUCUCCCCGACGUUGAGUUGGAGUGUCCAGAGGGGAAGAUCAAGGGUCCCAAGUUCAAGAUGCCCGAGAUGAACAUCAAGGCCCCCAAGUUUUCCAUGCCCGACGUCGACUUCAACCUGAAGGGCCCCAAGGUCAAGGGUGACGUGGACGUGUCACUUCCAAAGCUGGAGGGUGACCUGAAGGGUCCUGAACUGGACAUCAAAGGCCCCAAAGUGGACAUUGAGGCACCCGAUGUCGACAUCCACGGCCCUGAGGGAAAAUUCAAGAUGCCCAAGUUCAAGAUGCCCAAAUUUGGGUUGAAGGGAGAAGGUCCCGAGGUGGACGUGAACCUCCCAAAAGGAGACCUGGAUGUGUCCGGCCCCAAGGUGGACGUUGAGAUGCCGAGUGUGGACAUUGAGGGUCCCGAGGGGAAGAUCAAAGGUCCCAAGUUCAAGAUGCCCGAGAUGCACAUCAAGGCCCCCAAGAUCUCCAUGCCCGACGUCGACUUCAACCUGAAGGGCCCCAAGGUGAAGGGGGACAUCGAUGUCUCUGUCCCCAAGCUGGAGGGGAACCUGCAGUGCCCUGAUGUCGACCUCAAGGGCCCCAGAGUGGACAUUCAGGCACCGGAUGUGACCCUGGAGGGGCCGAAGGUGAAGAUGCCUGAAAUUCACAUCAAGACCCCCCAGAUCUCCAUGCCCGACAUCGACCUGAACCUGAAGGGCCUGAAGGUCAAAGGUGACGCUGACCUGCAGGGCCCCAAGCUCGAGGGGGGUCUGAAGGGCCCCGAGGUCGAUAUCAAAGGCCCCAAAGUGGACAUCGAGUGCCCAGCGGUCAACGUCGAUGGUCCCGAGGGGAAAGUGAAGCUGCCCAAAAUGAAAAUGCCCAAAUUUGGCUUUAAAGGGGAAGGUCCCAACGUGGAUGUGAACUUGCCGAAGGCUGAGGUCGAUCUUUCCGGCCCCAAGGUUGAUCUUGGCCUGCCAGAGGUCAACGUUGAAGGUCUGGAGGGCAAAGUCAAAGGUCCUAAACUGAAAAUGCCCGAAAUGCACAUGAACGUCCCCAAAAUCUCCAUGCCCGAGAUAGACUUGAACUUGAAAGGCCACAAAACCAAGGGCGGCUUCGACAUUUCCACCCCGAAGGUUGAAGGUCACCUGAAAGGGCCCGAGGUUGACCUCAAAGGCCCAGAAUUUGGCAUCAGAGGUCCCGAAGUCGACGUCGAAUGUCCCGACCUGAGCGUUGAGGGCCCGGAGGCCAACGUCAAAGUUCCCAAGUUUAAAAAGUCCAAAUUUGGGUUCGGGAUGAAAAGCCCCAAGGCCGAGGUGGAUUUACCCGAGGGGGAGCUGAACAUGGAGUCACCUGAGGUCCACCUGUCCGGGAAGGGGAAGAAAAGCAAGUUCAAGAUGCCCAAAAUCCACAUGAGCGGCCCCAAAGUGAAGGGGAAGAAAGGGGCGUUCGACGUCAACGCGGCGGGGGCCGAGCUGGACGCGGAGCUCAACGUCACCGGCCCCGACGUCACCGUCAGGGGCGACGCCGCCGUGAAGUCCCCCAAAGGCAAGAAACCCAUGUUUGGGAAGAUCUCCUUCCCAGACGUCGAAUUCGACCUCAAAUCGCACAAAUUCCGCGGCGAGGCCUCGGCGGGGGUCCCCAAAGUUGAGGGUGAGCUGGAGGUCAAGGGCCCGAGUCUCAACGUGGACGUGGAAGGUCCCGAUGUCAACCUGAAAAGCCCAAAAUUCAAACUCCCCGGGGUCCAGGUGGGCGCGGGGGACGUGAAGGUCGGGGGUGACCUGAAGGGCCCCGGGAUCGACGUCGCCGUCCCCUCGCUGGCGGCGCCAGACGUCGACAUCGGCGUGAAAGGACCAAAAGUAAAAGGCGAGGUCGGCGCUGCCGGAGCACAACUGGAAGGUCCCGAGGGGAAACUGGGAUGGCCCAAGGGGGGGAAAAUGGGUUUGGGGCUGGAGAUGCCGGACGUGAGCUCGGACGUGGAUGUGAAGCUCAAAGGGCCUGAGUUGGAGGGGAACCUGCAAGGACCAAAAUUAAAAGGAGAUUUGGACAUUUUGGGCUCCGUGGAAGGGCCCGGUGUUACCCUGGACGCACCCGGCCUGGACCUCGGUGGCCUGGGGGGGAAGGUGAAGCUGCCCACGGUGAAGUCCCCAACGCUGGAGGUCAAGGGGGGCGUCCCCUGCUCCGUCCAGUCCCCGGGGGCCACCCUGGACCUCAAGGGGCCCUCACUGGACGUCUCCGGGCCGGAUUUGGAUGUCAACCUGAAAGGACCAAAGUUGAAAGGAGACGUCGGCGUCAAAUCCCCGCAAGCGUCGGCAGACGAUGCCGGCUUCGAAAUUUUGGGGGGCACCAUCAAACUCCCGUCCCUGAAGCUGCCCCAGUUCAGCAUCUCCGGCCCCAGCGUGGAGGGAGGGGACGCGGGGGUCACUCUGGAAGGUUCCCAGGUCAAGGCGGGGCUGAAGGGCUCCGGUUUGGGGCUGGAAGGUCCCGAGGUGGAACUGAAAGGGCCGAAAUUCUCCGCGCCGGACGUCGACCUGAGGCGGAAAGGACCAAACGUCGACGUGGCCGGCGACGUCAAAGGGUCAAAGGUCAGCGUGGAAGCUCCUCACGGAGGGCUGGGCGUCCACCUGGAGGCUCCGGCUCUGGAAGCGUCCGGCUCGGGAUUGAACGUCAACGUGAAAGGGCCAAAGGUCAAAGGCGCAGCCGAGGUGACGCCGCCGUCGGUCAGCGCCGGUUCCGGAACCUUCCACGCCUCCUGCCCCAAGGUGGGCGCCGAGGGCGGCCAGGUCAAGGUGUCCUUCCCCAAGCUGCGGAUGCCGAAAUUCGUCUUCUCCGAGCCCGAGGCCAAGGGCCGUGAGGUCGGGGUGGACGUCGACUUCCCCGGCGCCGACGUGGCCGAGCAGGAGCCGGACGAGGCCGAGGCGAGGCUGAAGAAAUCCAAGCUCAAGAUGCCCAAAUUCAACUUCUCCAAGCAGAAGGGGCGCGGCAGCGGCGGCGCCCCGGGGUCCCCCGAGGCCUUGGGCUCCAUGUCCGGCUCCAAGGGCGACCUGAAGAGCUCCAAGGUGAGUCUGGGCUCGGCCGAGGGCGAGCUGGAGGCCGAGGCGCCGGCGGCCAAGGGCAAAUUCUCGCUGUUCCGCGGCAAGAAACCGCGGCCGCGCUCGUCGUCCUUCAGCGAUGACCACUCGGCCGAGCCGGACGCCGCCAGGCAGCCCAAGAGCAAAUUCGGGACCUUCGGGGGCAUCGGCUCCAAGGCCAAGGGGUGCUACGAGGUGACGGCCGGCGCCGAGGACGGGGGGCGGGCGCCGGGGUCCCCCAAAUCCCGCCCGUCCUCGUCCUCGUCCUGCGAGGGCGUGGCCCGGGGCGGGCUCCGCGUGCCCGGCCUGGAGCUGGCGGUGGCCAAAGGCAAGGAGUGACCGCGGGGGAGGGGUUGUACAUAGGCCUGGAGCGAGGGACCCCCCGCGUGUACAGAGAGGGGGAGGGGCUGGGGGUCCCCUCCCCCCACCAAAGAUUUUGGGGUCCUCCCCUUGUGCUGAGAGCUUCGUUUUUUUCCCUUCCCAAUUUAUCCUUUUUUUUUUUUUGGAUAUUUUUAUUGGGGUUUGUUUUUGUCCCCUGUUUUU